AUGCACGGAGGGUUGCAGUGGCUCGAAGGGGAGGAAAAGAAGGGAAGUUCUCGGGAGGGGCCCCAGCGACGAGUGCAGACGGGACCACCCGGCCACACGGCCACGGCCACUGCUGAGGGCAAACAAGCGGCGUGGGACGACCCCCGCCGGAGAGCAUAUGUAACCAUCGCGCCGCGCAGCGCCUGUGAUCAGUCACUGGAGCGCUCCGUAGCGUCCGCGCCCUCGGCCGCGAAGCAUCAGAAGCACUGCAAGUGGACCCGGCGGGCCAGCGCGUGCGCGGAGGAGCCGGUUGGCUGCGACACGGACUGUACCGCCCCCCUCGGGGCGUGGGCGGGGCCAGGCGACGGACCACCCAGGCGCGCACGGCACCUGCACGUGACGUCGAGACGUCCUGCGGCGCCGGGAGGGGCGGAUGGCGAUGUGAUGAAUCGGCGGCGGCGGUCGCGGCGGUCGGAGGUAAGCCCUGCCCGCGACGGGGGCCGGCGGCGGGCAAAUUGCGCGCCACUUGAUCCCCCGCCGGGCGGCGCGGACUCCUCAGAGGCCGGGGAGAGUUUAUUAAGGAGGCCGCGUGAGGCGCUGCAGUCCAUAACUCCGCGCGGGAAGGAGACAGAGGCUCCCCACUCCCCCCUCCACACCUCGGCCCCCGGGCGCUCCGGCCAGAUGCAGGCAAUGUUCCGUCGGAGGGCGGGGUGUUGUGGCGUGGAGGCUCACUUCUUGUUCGUGACCUGUGGGGCGCGGAAUGGGUUCCUGAUGCGGCAAGUUGGGUCGACGGCGACGGACAGCAGGUGUCCGGCAGUGCCGUCCGGAGUUGACCUCCGAGAGGGGCGUGGCUUCCCGCGCGUGCUCGGCCAAUCACGGCGAGGCACCAGCGACCAGGCACCAGCGAACAGGCACCAGUGGCCAGGCACCAGCGACCAGGCACCAGCGACCAGGCACCAGCGGCCAGGCACCAGGCACCAGCGACCAGGCACCAGCGACCAGGCACCAGGCACCAGCGACCAGGCACCAGCGACCAGGCACCAGCGACCAGGCACCAGCGACAAGGCACCAUCGACCAGGCACCAGCGGUCAUGCACCAGCGACCAGGCACCAGCGUCCAGGCACCAACGACCAGGCACCAGCGGCCAGGCACCAGCGACCAGGCACCAGCGACCAGGCACCAGCGACCAGGCACCAGCGGCCAGGCACCAGCGACCAGGCACCAGCGGCCAGGCACCAGAGACCAGGCACCAGCGACGAGGCACCAGCGACCAGGCACCAGCGACCAGGCACCAGCGACCAGGCACCAGCGACCAGCGGCCAGGCACCAGCGGCCAGGCACCAGCGGCCAGGCACCAGCGGCCAGGCACCAGCGGCCAGGCACAUGCGACCAGGCACCAGCGACCAGGCACCAGCGACCAGGCACCAGCGACCAGGCACGUGCGGCCAGGCACGUGCGACCAGGCACCAGCGACCAGGCACCAGCGACCAGGCACCAGCGACCAGGCACCAGAGACCAGGCACCAGCGGCCUGGCACCAGCGGCCUGGCACCAGCGGCCUGGCACCAGCGGCCAGGCACCAGCGGCCAGGCACAUGCGACCAGGCACCAGCGACCAGGCACCAGCGACCAGGCACCAGCGACCAGGCACCAGAGACCAGGCACCAGCGGCCUGGCACCGGCCGGCCAGCCCGCGGAUUCCGAGGCGGAGCGCGUCUCCCCGCCCCAGAUGAGACACCUGCGCGCGGCACGUGUCGGGUCCACGUGGCCGUCGAACAGACCUGCACCUGGGGCCCCGCCCCGGCCAUCUGCUCCCUCUCCUCACCCCCUGAAGGCUGGAGGCCGGGGAAUACCAAGCAGGCGGACGUCGGCGGACGAGGCCUGUCCGUCCUCUUCUCCAGCCGAAGCGAAGACCUUCCAGACAUGUCAUCGGGCCAUCUUGGCCUUCAUGACUUAUCCGGACCCGGUACCAGCAGUUGCGCCCUUUAAGGGUGUAAUCCGGGUGGUCGCUGGUGAGGCCGACAGUCCAGAUCUUGUUGAGGACAAGGACCCGGACUGGCGGCAGACGUGGACACGAGGCGCCGAGGUCGGGUCCACACGAGCGGGCGCGAGGACUCCUGUCUUCCAGGGACUGCGUGAGCCUGGUCCAAGGAGGGGGCAGGUCGGAAGGAACUCCCGCGGCGGGGAGCAGUUCCUCAUCACGAUCUGUCGCCAGCAGGACUCUCUCUCCCCUCCGGUGAUCGGUAGCACCCCCGAGGGGGGAGUGAGGUGGAGAGGGGGGCAAGAAGGGGGCUGGUCUGCAGCGCCAAGGGUGCCGAAGAUACGAUAA